CGCAUACAUGGAGACCUGACCUGAAGCUGAAACUGCUGCCGUGUGUUUAGUCCGGGAGGCAGGAGGCGUAAAAACAAGUGCACACUGGGAAUUUAACCACAGCGAGAAGCUGGCAACGGUGGUCUGGGCAUGGACGGCACUGGAUUUUGGAUAUUCCUGAUAACAACUUGUGUUAUUUCAGGAAUAAAUGGCCAGACUGUAGAAAUGGAUGAUGGGAAGUGGGGGUAUGUUGGCUCAAAGGUGGAUCUCCGCUGUCGGUUCAUCAACAGCUCCCCGCCUGUCAAAAUCUCCCAGGUAACAUGGCAGAAACUGGUGAAUGGCACAAAGCAGAAUGUGGCGAUCGCCAAUCCCUCCCUGGGUGUGUCCGUGGCCCCGCCCUACAGGGACCGCGUCACCUUCAAGAACGCAGCGGUAAGGCGGCGGACUCCGACCCUGGAAGAUACCACCAUCACCUUCUCCUCGCUGCGCCUCUCAGACGAGUCCACCUACAUCUGUGAAUACACCACGUUCCCUGCGGGGAACCGAGAAAACACCGUAAACCUCACAGUCUACGUUCGGCCAACAACUCAGAUGAGUCUGUCCACGCCAACACUGGUGGCUCGGUCAUCUAAUCUGAAAACACCGGUGGCCACCUGCAUCUCUGCCAAUGGAAAACCACCCGGUGCCAUCAGGUGGGAGACGAGAGUGCCGGGAGAAGUGACCAGCCGAGAGUACAGGAACUCAGAUGGGACAUUCACUAUUCAGAGUGACUACAUUCUGGUGCCCAGCAGAGAAACACACAAGGAAACGCUCACCUGUGUUACCACCUACAACGAGGAGGUCUUCACUGACAGCGUCACCCUCGACAUUCAGUAUGAGCCAGAAGUUUCGGUGGAUGGGUACGAUGGCAACUGGUACCUGAACCGAGAGAACGUCCAGCUGAGCUGCCAAGCUGACGCCAACCCGGCCGUCUCUCUGUAUCAGUGGAGACUGGUUAAUGGCUCCAUUCCGGCCAAUGCCGAGAUACGCGACAACAUCCUGACUCUUAAAGGGCCGGUCACGUAUGAAAUGCAAGGCACCUACGUGUGUGAUGCAACCAACAGCAUCGGUACACGAUCGGGCUCUGUAGAGAUCAGCAUCAUAGAAAAGCCUCUACCACAGAUCGCAACAGGUGAUGUCAUCAGUGUAAUUGCCCUAUUAUUGGCUGCUGGAGUGCUAAUGGGAAUUACUAUCACAGUCCUGGUGCUCAAAAUAAGAAGUAGAAAAGACGACUCCUCAAACGACUCACCGUCCAGAAAACUGUCCCAGCCGAUCAGGAAGAGACCAGCAGAUGAUAUCCAGCACUCAUCGAGGUUUUAUGAAGAGCUUCCAAACACGGCGGACUACGUGAGCUACAGACUGGCCUGCAACAAGGAUGACUACCCAGAGCCCUACUCCCCUCCCAUUAAGCCCCCUCUAACAUUUCUGCCCCAGCAACCCUACCACUCCUCACAGCCAACCACUGCAACCAGCAGCAGCGGCACAAACACGCCAAAAAACACCUUCUCUCCUCCUUCACACACCACGGCCAUCUUUAAAUACCCCUCUGUACCGGGCCUGGCCUCUCCUCCCCCGGGAGUGGCCACGUACACCUUUCCUAAAGAGCAGUACGUCUGAAACGACACUUUAUCACAAACUCAAACCUCUCAGAUGAAAUAACCCGAUAUACACUCGAACUUUACCGAAGAGGAGGGUGGGGAAAUGUGGUAAACACUGGACAAUCAGGCAGUGUGUCUGCACCGUCUGCAUCAUUAUGGACUGCUCCGGAGGUCAAAGGACAAUCCAGCUUUUGUUGCUGGCCUUGGAAUUAAAGUCCAGUUUUGAGACGUUUUUUCUCUUUUGGCCGGUCUUUUAUUGUGUUAUUUAUUCUUUGAAAAGGGAAGAUUGUUUCAGAUGAGGUCUAGCAGGAAGGUCAAUUUAAAGAUGAUUUGACUGACAUUGAAAGCAUUUAUAUUGCAUGGAUGUAUUACAUUUGAUUUGAAAAUACUCCAAACUGAAUGGAUAGGAUUAUCCCUUCAUGUCUGAUGUGGUUGACCCCUUACUUUAUCCUCUAUUAUAUCAUUUUGUAAGAAAAAAAGAAAACAAAAGAAAUUAUAAUUUCCUACUUUAUCUCUAAUGCCCACUCGCGCUAUCCUGUGUUGUACACAAUGACAAUCCCUUUACCGAUGAACAGCAGAACUCACCUUUUGGUUUUACCUCCUGUUCGUAUGUAAUACUUUUACUGUGCUUGUAUUUUGUAAUGUAUGUUUUUCUUGCAAAGAACAAAAUUUAAAAAAAAGAUUUUUAUCUACUGAAGACAUUUUGUUGCCAUGUGAAAUUGAUGUUUUUAUUCGUGGUAUCUGUGGAUAUUAGUAUUCAUUGACACUGGUUGUUGGACGGGCCUUGAAUUUAUAGCAUUUAAAUAAAAAUGAUCAUGUA